ACACCUCCCCGCGCGCCCUCCGGUUCCCCCUGCGCCCCCUCCUCCGCCUCCUUCCCCCGCGCGCGGCGCCGGGGCCCCCUUCCAGGCCCCGCUAAUGCUCUUUCUGUCACCCUCCAGCCUUGGCCUCCAUUCGGGGGUUCUGGGGCCCGCGAUCGGGCCGACAUCCACCCCACCCAGCUGUGGGGCUGCGGGGGCUCUGCCGAGCGGGCCAUGUGGGAGGUGGUUCCGGGUCGGGUCUUGCAGGAGGUCGUGGGGGGAGGGGUGGAGAUGCCUCAGUUGAUGCCCGCAGGGACCCUGGCCCUUCCUGGCUGCCCCUGUGGGCGGCCUCUGUCUGGCGAGAGGGACAGGCCCCGUGUCCGGCCUGGGUUGCUCCAGAGGAAUCGGACCCAGCAUAAACUGUGGCCCCGCCUCCCUUUUCUGUGCCAUCAGGACUCGGAGCAAAGGACACCUAGGUCCUGGCUUCUCUCUGAUGGGGAGAGGGUGUUCCACCUGGAUGGACAGUAUGAGCCGAGGCUCUAGGGUUCCAAUUUCACUUUCUGAAUCUUGAGCUGCAUCUGGCCUUGAGGGGACUAUGAUGGAGGCACAAACGGAGAGCUGCUCCCCUAUGGAUCAGUCAAGGAAUUGAGGUCACGCUAAUGGCCCUUCUUUCUAUUUGGGCUGCAUUUGGAGGUAUUGUAGGGAUAGCUCUGUAGCUGAACACGGCAAAACUCCGGGGAAACAUCAGGCUGCUCCAGCGGAUCCCUCUGCCUGAGCCCCACCCCUCCCUAAAUGUAGCCUAGGUAGCUGGCAGGCUUGGACUUCACCUGCCGGGUUUAAAAGGUGACAGCGACAGCGAGAACUUUCUUAUUGCAGGGGCUGCUGCCACUUUGUUGGCAUUCCAAGCAGACUCCAGCAGAAGGGACCGGGUUAACUCUCAAGGAAGGCUCCCUAGCAAUAGGGGCUGAAUUAUUCGGGAAUGUGGAGUAGGGCGAGGAAUUGGGGAGCAAAGGAAAUAUUCUUGUCCUUGUGACCUGAGGGAGGUGGCAAAAAAGACCUCUAUCUGUGUGGGCUUUUCCCUUCCAGACUUCUCUUAUCCAUGCCCCUAGGCUUUCUUAAGAGCCUCAGAGCUGAGGAAGAGGAAAGUUAGCAUGCUGAAGUUCCUUCUUUAGCAACUUGGAGAGUGGCUGGGGAUGGAAUUCUGCAAGAGACAAGGAGAGGAAAUGAAAGAGGAGGUUUUGUUUCUGGGCAGACUGGGGAAAAUGGUAACAUUUGUCAUCCUAACCCAGUCCCCCCCCACUCCCCCUGCCCCAGUCCUGGUCAGCUGAGUGUGGAAACAGAGGGAUUUCUGCUGCUCUCAUCGUCCAUGGGCUUUCCAGGUCACACAACCUACAAGUAGGGAGCAGGAACAGAGAGAGAGAGCCUGCAUGCCAAUUCUAAGCUCUUCAGGAUCAAAUGUCGUUCGUCCUGUCCAGAAUGGCAGCCUGUGGAGGCACCUGCAAGAACAAAGUGACUGUCUCCAAGCCUGUGUGGGACUUCCUCAGCAAGGAGACCCCUGCCCGGCUGGCCCGGCUUCGGGAGGAGCACCGUGUGUCCAUUCUCAUAGACGGCGAGACUUCUGACAUCUAUGUCCUCCAGCUUUCCCCUCAGGGCCCUCCCCCAGCCCCUCCCAAUGGGCUCUACCUGGCCCGGAAGGCUCUCAAGGGGCUGCUCAAAGAGGCAGAGAAAGAGCUGAAGAAAGCUCAGAGGCAGGGGGAGCUUAUGGGCUGCCUGGCUUUGGGGGGUGGGGGGGAGCACCCUGAGCUGCACCGCCCAGGCCCGCCCCCUCUCCGAGCAGCCCCACUCCUGCCCCCAGGGGCACGGGGGCUGCCCCCCCCUCCUCCUCCCCUGCCCCCUCCUCUUCCCCCCCGCCUUCGGGAGGAGGCAGAAGAGCAGGAGAGCACCUGCCCCAUCUGUCUGGGGGAGAUCCAGAAUGCCAAGACAUUAGAGAAGUGCCGGCACUCAUUCUGCGAGGGCUGCAUCACCCGGGCCCUGCAGGUGAAAAAGGCCUGCCCCAUGUGUGGCCGUUUCUAUGGGCAGCUGGUGGGCAACCAGCCCCAGAAUGGGCGGAUGCUGGUCUCUAAGGAUGCCACACUCCUCCUACCCAGCUAUGAGAAGUACGGCACCAUCGUCAUCCAGUACGUCUUCCCGCCCGGUGUCCAGGGGGCUGAACACCCAAACCCAGGAGUUCGGUAUCCUGGCACCACACGGGUGGCCUACCUCCCGGACUGCCCUGAGGGCAACAAGGUGCUGACCCUGUUCCGCAAGGCAUUUGACCAGCGUCUCACCUUCACUAUCGGCACGUCCAUGACCACAGGGAGACCGAAUGUCAUCACCUGGAACGAUAUCCACCACAAGACCAGCUGCACAGGGGGACCACAGCUGUUUGGGUACCCGGACCCCACCUACCUGACCCGGGUGCAAGAGGAGCUGAGAGCCAAGGGCAUCACCGAUGACUGAAGGACAUCCCCUUUGGGAGGCCCCUGCUGUUCUCCUUCAGUAGGACCCAGUGGGAGCCUCUGUUGUCUCUCCCUCCGUCCCCCUCAUCACUCAAGUAGGGGACUGUCUGACUGGGGAAGGGGUUCAGAGAAGGAGGGGCGAUCCCUUCCCCAGUCCCCCACAGGCUGAGUGCUUCAGUGCAGUGUGAGCCACUCUCUUCUGGCAGAGUCUGAUGUCCCAGGCUCUGCUCCCCUCCUCCCCCUGUACAUACUCCCAGUCUUCCUGCCCCCUCCAUUGCCCUUGGCUUUUUCUGGUUUGUGAUGUGCUCCAGUGACUAAGCUGAGAAAGGACCUGGGUGGGGAGGAGUGGGUCUCUUGAUCCCCCCCCCCCAUACUGCUCCACUGCUGAAUUUCUGCUCGGGGAGAGGGGUCAGGCUGCUGUGAGCCCCCGUAGAGCCGGCCGCAUAUGUUCUUCAGAAACAAUACCCCUUCUCCCUUAACCUUGUCCUUUCUCUCCUGUGUCUCUGUCUUUGUCAGUCUUUCUCCCACUCUUCUCUGCCCCCUAGAAGGAGCCUCCUUACCCUGUUCUGGAAUCGCCGCCAGACUGUAGCUUUUAAUUUAAUAAAAAUAAAGUAAAAUAUGCAACU